AUGAGUGUUGAGAACGAGCGGGGCUGGGCCCGGGGAGGCCUCGCGACUCCCGCCGUUGGGAAAUCACCGUCCGCUCCGGUCCCCCUCCCCGCAGCCGCCGUGACGUACUCGAAGCCGCGCUUGGCCACGUUCUGGUACUACGCCAAGGUGGAGCUGGCCCCCCCGACCCCCGCCGAGAUUCCCCGGGCCAUCGACAGCAUGAAGGGCCUGGUCAGGGCCUUCCAGAGCGGCCGUCUGGCACAGCUCACCGUCAAGGACGCACUGAGGAAUGGCCUGGUGGCCACGGAGGUGCUGAUGUGGUUUUACAUUGGGGAGAUCAUCGGCAAGGGCGGCAUCAUCGGCUACAAUGUGUGAACACUCACUUCAGCAAUGCCAGCGGUGCCACGGUGCUGGGUCUGUAAUGGGGUUUGUGACAAUAAAACUAGGAGCCCAUAUCGA